GAGCUUUGUCAGGAAGAGUUGACUGAAAUGUCAGAGCUCUGCAAUUCACGGGCGGGGCGGCAGCUGCAUCCCGCCUUUCCCCGAAUCAUUACAAGAUUGUCACUUUACAAACUUCCUCAUCCUUUUCUGCAGCGAUUCCGAGUCCUGAAGCAAGGUUAAAAUUUCAAUAGUGGCCUAAGAAUGUGCUCAUUCAAGCUGCCUGAUCACAGUAUGGUCCAACCCAGCGUUGACCCAUCAUUGUCUACACCCAUCAUUUUCUUCAGUCUCAUCAUGUAAGGUGGUCCCAUGAGUUGUUAGAACUGUAUCAAAUCUCCUUCAAGGAUAAAUCAACAUGCAGACUCAGCAUACCACAGUCACACAGAUCUGCUUCCUCGUAUGGAUUAUGCUGCUCUGCAUGCCUUUCGGGAAGUCACACACUGAAGAAGACUUCAUAAUUACAACCAAGGCUGGAAGGGUCAGAGGGCUGAGCAUGCCCGUUCUCGGUGGCACAGUGACUGCCUUUCUCGGUAUCCCCUAUGCACAGCCUCCUCUGGGUAGCCAAAGAUUCAAAAAGCCGCAACCCUUAAACAAAUGGCCUGACAUCCAUAAUGCCACUAAAUAUGCAAAUUCUUGUUAUCAGAACAUAGAUGACGCCUUCCCAGGCUUCCAGGGGUCAGAAAUGUGGAAUCCGAACACGAACCUCAGUGAAGACUGCUUGUAUCUGAAUGUUUGGAUUCCAGUACCUAAGCCCAAAAACGCCACAGUCAUGGUAUGGAUCUAUGGUGGUGGCUUUCAAACUGGGACCUCCUCUCUACCUAUUUAUGACGGGAAGUUUCUAGCUCAUGUUGAAAAGGUUAUUGUAGUUUCAAUGAACUAUAGGUUAGGUGCCCUAGGAUUUCUAGCUUUUCCAGGAAAUCCUGAGGCUCCAGGAAACAUGGGUUUAUUUGAUCAACAGUUGGCACUUAAGUGGAUCCAAAGAAAUAUAGCUGCUUUUGGAGGGAAUCCUAAAAGUAUAACGAUUUUUGGAGAAAGUGCAGGGGCAGCUUCAGUUAGCUUACAUCUGCUCUGUCCUCAAAGCUAUCCUUUGUUUACCAGAGCCAUUCUGGAAAGUGGCUCCUCUAAUGCCCCCUGGGUAGUGAAGUAUCCGGAGGAAGCCAGAAACAGAACCUUGGCCUUAGCUAAAUUUACUGGUUGCUCAAAGGAAAAUGAGAUGGAGAUGAUUAAAUGCCUUCGAAGUAAAGAUCCCCAGGAAAUUCUUAAGAAUGAAAAGUUGGUUCUCCCCUCUGAUUCCAUCGCAUUGGUAAAUUUUGGUCCAACUGUGGAUGGCGAUUUUCUCACUGAUAUGCCAUACACACUACUCCAACUUGGAAAAGUGAAAAGAGCUCAGAUCUUAGUGGGCGUUAACAAAGAUGAAGGGUCAGCUUUCCUUGUUUAUGGUGCUCCGGGUUUCAGCAAAGACAAUGAUAGUCUUAUCACCCGGAGGGAAUUUCAAGAAGGUUUAAAUGUGUAUUUCUCUGGAGUGAGCAGAUUGGGGAAAGAAGCAAUCCUGUUCUUCUAUGUGGACUGGUUAAGUGACCAGGCACCAGAAGUCUACCGCGAAGCGUUGGAUGAUAUUAUUGGAGAUUACAACAUCAUAUGCCCUGCAUUGGAGUUUACCAAGAAAUUUGCAGAGCUUGAAAAUAAUGCCUUUUUCUACUAUUUCGAACACCGAUCUUCUCAACUACCUUGGCCGGAAUGGAUGGGAGUAAUGCAUGGCUAUGAAAUUGAAUUUGUGUUUGGUGUACCUCUGGAAAGAAGAGUUAAUUAUAUGAAAGCUGAGGAGAUCUUUAGUCGGUCCAUAAUGAAAAUUUGGGCAAAUUUUGCAAAAUAUGGACAUCCAAAUGGAACCCAGGGCAAUAGCACAAUGUGGCCUGUCUUCACAAGUACUGAACAAAAAUACCUAACCUUGAACACAGAGAAGUCAAAAAUAUAUUCUAAACUCCGUGCUCCCCAAUGCCAGUUCUGGAGACUAUUUUUUCCAAAAGUCUUGGAAAUAACAGGAGAUAUUGAUGAAACAGAACAAGAGUGGAAGGCAGGAUUCCAUCGCUGGAGCAAUUACAUGAUGGACUGGGAAAAUCAAUUUAAUGAUUACACUAGCAAGAAAGACAGUUGUCUGGCUAAUUAAUAGAUAUACCCUUUAUAGAAUGUUCAUUUUCGUGUAGAUGAAGGCAAGAAUACAAGUAGCGAUCUCCAUAUAUACAAAAAAUACUAUUACACAACAGAGAAGAAAUGCCAACUGAGAAUAUUGAUUACUUACACCUUUCACUUAGUAUUUUACCUCAUGUCCUGAACUGAGUUAUUAGGUGUUGUUUUUUCAUUAGUUUUUCACAAUGUAAACUUUGACAAUUAAUUACAUGCUGCUUUGCUACUACUUUUCUGAGUAACAUUACAGCUUUUACCUAAAAGUUACAUCAUCUGCUUUUAUUUAAUCCUGUAUUUUCAGAGCUAACUAUGUAAAACUAUUGUUAAAAUCUGAAUUGGAUUUUGUAACAAUGGAUGUUAUAGUUUAUAUUACUGUUGCGUAUGAUUAGUUCAUAAGUCUAGUAUCAGUAUCAAAUAGUAAAGCAAACAAAAAGUUGGCUAUUCAUAUAUGUAGAGGCAAGAGAGAAUAUGAAAAUAAGAGUCAUAGUAUCUGGGAUCAAUUAGAGUGAAACAAAAUAUGGCUAACAACAAAAGCAAGGAAUUUCAGGAACUGUUGAAAAUCAUGCCAACUGGCUGUACUGAGAGAGAAUUCAUGCUUCAGGCAUCAUUUCAUGAGCAUGGUUUGUCACAUGAACCAUAUCACAUCCAGAAUUCAACAGCCAAAGAAAAUAUGUGGUUCUAAUAUGCACAAGAAUUCUAGAAUAGAAUCCUCUGCCUCCACACUGUGCUAUAGGAUCGAAGGCAGAAUCUACUGUCUGGGAACUCUCAGAGAUCCCAUCUUUAACUUAUUCACAGCUGAAACAAAAGUUUGAUUUAAAUUAUUCACCGAAAAAGUGUCUGUAAAUGCAAACUCCACAUAUCAGUCUUAGUGUUAGUACUUGAGGAACAAUUUCUGUAGCACUAAAUAAAGCCAUUGAGCUAUCAAUUUAGGUGAAUUUGUGGUUCAUUCUCAAAAUAUGACAAAUAAAAUAUGUAUUAGAUUGUAUAAGAAUAAGUGUUGCCAGUUAAGGCAAAUAAGAACUUUAUUUUGAUCAUCUAUUUGUAUACUGGAAAAUGUUUUUGUUAGUGGUUUAAUGUUUAAAUUUUGGUUUAUAAGAACUAAAGUACAAGACUUAUUUUUCUUUAAAAAAAAAAACCUUCUUAUAUUGACUUUCAUUUUAAAAAAUUGUAUACUGAAGUUAUAAUGAUGAGGAUAAUUUAAAAUGUAAUGUAUUUAAAUUCAUGCCAAUCAUAAUUUCUUGGACGAUUAUUAAUAUAAUUUUAGCUGUGACACAAUUAGCUCAAUGACUAAUAAACAGGACAAUCUGCACAUUGAUGAAAAAAGACAAGAAAAUCAAGGGUUAGUGAAAUUCUAUAUCAUACUUGUAUGUAUGGUGCUCAACAGCACCUGUUCUCAAUACAAAGUUGUUUGAAAAGGGAGUAUGUAGGGUGAAAUGAGCUUUGCCUAAAUACACUUAAUGUAAAACAUUAUUAUUUGCUAUUCCUUUACUCUGAAAAAGGUAAUCGAUGAGUAAUUUAAUUAAUCUACAAAUUACUUAAAUCCAACUUUCUUACACAAAAUAGAACACAAAAAAAGAACAGCUCACCACCAAAUCUAAGAUGCAUACAAAUUUUUAUUAAGGUUCUCUAAAGGAGCGGAAAAGAAAAAUGGAUACAUAUAUGAAGUGGGCGUUUUCUGGAGUGCCUUGUGGAAUAUAGCCUAGUAUUAUCUCAAUGUCUGCCUCACCAGGAGAGGCCUAGAGUUUAGAAGUUGUUUAAUACACAUGUUUGAAUAUGUCAGCAGUAGUGGUAAAGUCCUGUAAGGCUGGAGAAUUACUGGAGAGCAUCUGUCCUUGAUUCUAGUUUGGCAUCUCAAAGACGUCUGUUCUAAUAUUAGUGAAGGUAUGCUACGGCAAGAGGAUCGAUGAACUUGACAGCAAGAGUUAGAGCAAGUAGGUAAAAAGCAAAAUUCCCUUCUUUCACAUCCUUUGAUCUAUGUGGCUAUGAUAAGGUUCAUCUCAUAUUUAGGACUGGUCUUCUGAUUUCAAAUAUCCUCCUCAAGAAAAUUCCUCACAUGAAUGCUCUGAAAUUAGCCAUUAACUUGAAUCCAGAUGCUGUCAAGAUAACACCAUAUUACAUAUUAGUCAUUACAUAUUAGUCAUUACAAAUCCAUCCCUUGUCAGCAUGACACAGAGCUACAUUCUCUCAAGCCAUGCUUUUAAUUUCUAAAUGAAAACAAUAAUCAGGUCAUAAUACUAUAACUAUCCCAUGCACAACUCCAAAUGUAUUACGUAUUUUAAAAUAGUUAGCAGAGUUGGUUGAAGAAUGCUUAGUUUUUUAGUAUCUUAUAACCUAAAUAUGUUAAUAUAGAUUUACAUUUAAACAAUUUUGUCUCAAUUGAUUUAUCAUUCCAUGAUAAAUAUAGAGAGGGAAGAAAACACAAAGAUAUGAUUAAUAUAUGUAUGUAUAUGUAUACAUGUUUUAACAUAAUAAGACAAAAUCAUUCAUAUCAAUUAUAAUCAUAUCUGCAACAGUAACUAUAUUUACUUACUAGCCAUUUUGUAUUUCUUCUAUCCCUGUAGAGCACUUACCUUUUACAUAAUUGCUGGAAUCAAUGUCAGUUAAACACUAGUACACAACAGACCAAGCAAAUUUGAUUGUUUAUAUUGUUCACUGUUUAUUUACUCUAGUAAAAUGCCAUAUGUCCUUCCAGGAAAAGACUGGAGAAAGGCUAAAAAUCAAACUCUUCAGUAGGUUAACAUGAUCCUAGCUGAGGAGGAACUGGCCUUUCAAAAAAGUGUAGUGCAUCUCGCUUCCAGGGUCCUUCUAGCCUUAAGGUUCCCUAAAGAUCUUUAGACAAUUGUUAGGCACUGGGGGACAUCUAUAUUAUCUUUCAUGGAAGGUAAUUAUGAAUUUUGUGUACAGUACAGGGUCAAUUCUCUUAGUUAAGGAUGGAGUGAAAAAUACUUGGAGGGAUAUGCUUGGAUCCUUCCUCUGCUAAGAGUUGGGAGACUACUUUCUCAGGUAAGCAAAUACAGUGGUUUGAAUGAGAAUGUCCUCAUCAAGUUCAGAUAUUUGAACACUUGAUCACCAGUUGGUGUUGUUUGGAGGGUUUAAGAGGUACAGCCUUGCUGGAAGGAGUGUAUCACUGUGAGCAGGCUUCGAGAUUACAUAGCAUCACCAUGUAUCUUUUUCACCCUUCCCACUUUCUCCUUGUGUUUAAAAAUGUAAACUCUCAGUUUUCUGUUCAAAACACCCUGCUUGAUGCUUGCUACCAUACUCCCUAUUGUAGACUGUUAUCUCUCUGGAAUCAUAUGCACAAAAUAAAAUCUUUCUUCUAUAAGUUC